GGAAUAUUAGCCAGGACAGGCACCACUUUUUGAAGAUAAGUAAGAUCAAGAAAAGAGUAAAGUUUCCUAGACGUUUCUGAAAUUAUUUGAUGACAAAAACAACCUGAAUUUGUCGACCUCGCCGGAGUAGAAAGUAACUCGAUACUUAUACGUUUCGCACAUUUGAUGUAGUGUAAGAGCCAAAAUUUUACUUGAGCUUUGCUUUCUGAAAUUGAAAGUAUCGAUCGCGACCGCAGCAAAGUUGAGCUACUUUUUGACCAUUUUCAGUUUUUCAUCGAUUCCUGUUGAAUAUCAAGUAGAUAAACCUCCAGGCAGUUUGAGUAGCGACAUCAAGUUGAUAUUUGAGAGUUCUUACCCUGUUUCUGGUUUCAAAAACGACUGUAUUGCUUAUGGCCGACAAUGCGUGGGACCAUACUUCCGGGCAAGUUGUGAUCGAAGAGUCAGGCAUCAUAGGCGAGCCGAUCAUGACGGGCGCUCCCGUACCCAAAGCAGCCCCGAAUGGUUACAGCAAGUUCGUUGGGAGUCUGGCGCCUCCUGCCGGCGAAGGAGUUCCCAGCCAUAGCGGUAUCUAUCAAUGAUGUGAAAAAUUCUCUUACAUUUUCAGAAGUGCGUCUUGCAAGUUUGUGCGCCGUGGUAUGGAAAGAAAAAAAUUGUGAAGGAAUGGCACUGAAAGUUCUAGAAGCUUUAUUUUUUCGAUCAUUUUUGAUUUUGUACGCCUACGCGACGAAGAUGAACUAACCUCUGCAGGCGACCCAACAUACGUGAGCCCGGACCUGGUCGUCCAGGAGCAAAGCUACCAGAAUGGCGGCUCCAGCUCGACGGCGCAAGAAGGGGUGCACCGAUCGAGCGACCCUGAGGGUGGCGGAAACCCCGAGGCCGUGGUACAUGACAGUGGCGGGUCCGAGGACGAAAUAAAGGUUUUUGCGGUAAAGGGCGAAGUAGUGGAGGGUCUUACUGGCGAGAUAAAAGUGUACGAUCCCCAGUCCGGCUGGGGCUUCAUCCUUGCCAACCCAUGCACGCUGGACACGGACGUGUUUUUGCACCGAAAUCAGUUCCAGGAUGUGGAAAGCGGCCCCAAAGAACUCAUCAGCACAAGAGACCCGGAGAAAACGAAGGUGGAAAAUUUGCGUGGGUUGUAAGUGAUCAGCUACCUUCGCAAGUACGAGCGCUUCUAGAAUUGUAUGCUUCUUCUGUUGUAGUUUUUGGGCGGAUCAGUUUUCACAUACUGUUCUCAAACUCUAAACAGGUACGAUUCACAAUGGACUGGACAGACGAAUCGAAGCCCAAGGCGCAACAAGUGGUCAUUAUUAGCGGGCCAAGAUCGCAGCCAGGUAACUUCGAUUUUAUGACUGAAGGCGGAAUUUGAUCAAGCAACCGCUCAUAAUCUCGUUUUUUGUGUUGAUUGUAAUGUAUCUGAUCGAAAAAUGGCGACGCCCUGAUGCUCAUCGAAUCGUGACGCAUUUUGGUUUCCAAAAAUUAUACAUAGUUGGCAAGGGCGUGAGCAGAAAGUGCGGCAACUGCUAUUCAACGGUCGUGUGGAACGUAAAUCCGUGCGUUGUGUGCGGCAAGGACCAAUAUUACGGCAAGGGAAAGGGCAAGGGCUACGGUUUUAACGGGAAGGGUAAGACCCACCGAGCGGAACCCUACCGCUAUACCGAGAAGGGCGGCACGGAGAAGGGCGGGGACGCAGCGGAGCGAGCGCCCUCCGUUGGUAAGGGCGGCGGUGGCAGUGCGUUGAACAGUCCCGCCAGCGCGCCACAACCCUCCAUGCGCGAGUACGAAGGGUGGUGA